CCCUCACAGAAGUUCCCUGGAUAUUUCUAGGCCACAGGGCAGUGCUGAGACAAACAGCUGGCAGAAGUUUAUCUGCCUCUACUUUGUGCCUUCUUGGUCUUCAUGGACUCCAUGUUGGGGCUCUGGGACUCCUGAGGGUGUCCCAGCCUUGUCUGCUUCUCCCCUUUGCCCUCGGCGCCUCCAACAGCUUGGCAGGGCAGGGCUAGAGGACGCCUUGUAGAUCAUGUCAUCCAACUCGCCCAUUUCAUGGAUGAGGAAGCUGAGGGCGGGAAGCCCGAGGCAGGACUAGAACCCACAUCUGCUGACAUCAGGUGGAGCUACUGGAAGUCCACACCCCACAGCCGGAGGCAGAGUUUCACCGGGAUCUAUGUCUAAGUUCUAACUCUUGCUGACAAAGACCACGAUAAUUCCUUCCCCAAAGCCCAGCAGCCCCCCAGCCCCGCGCAGCCCCAGCCUGCCUCCCACCGCCCAGCUGCCCGCCAUGCCCUCCAGCGGCCCUGGGGACACCAGCAGCUCCGCUCUGGAGCGGGAGGAGGACCGCAAGGAGGGAGAGGAGCAGGAGGAGGCUCGUGGCAAGGAGGAGCGGCAGGAGCCCAGCACGACUGCACGGAAGGUGGGGCGGCCUGGGCGGAAGCGCAAGCACCCCCCGGUGGAAAGCAGUGACACACCAAAGGACCCCGCAGUGACCUCCAAGUCCCCGUCCAUGGCCCAGGACUCAGGCCCCUCAGAGCUGUUACCCAAUGGGGACUUGGAGAAGCGGAGUGAGCCCCAGCCAGAGGAGGGGAGCCCCGCUGGAGGGCAGAAGGGCGGGGCCCCAGCAGAGGGAGAGGGUGCGGCUGAGACCCCGCCUGAAGCCUCCAGAGCCGUGGAGAAUGGCUGCUGCACCCCCAAGGAUGGCCGAGGAGCCCCCGCAGAAGAGAGCAAAGAACAGAAGGAGACCAACAUCGAAUCCAUGAAAAUGGAGGGCUCCCGGGGCCGACUGCGGGGUGGCUUGGGCUGGGAGUCCAGCCUCCGCCAGCGGCCCAUGCCGCGGCUCACCUUCCAGGCGGGGGACCCCUACUACAUCAGCAAGCGCAAGCGGGACGAGUGGCUGGCACGCUGGAAAAGGGAGGCUGAGAAGAAAGCCAAGGUGAUCGCAGUAAUGAAUGCUGUGGAAGAAAACCAGGGCUCGGGCGAGUCUCAGAAGGUAGAGGAGGCCAGCCCUCCUGCAGUGCAGCAGCCCACCGACCCCGCCUCCCCCACAGUGGCCACCACACCUGAGCCCGUGGGGGCGGACGCGGGGGACAAGAACGCCACCAAAGCCGCGGAUGAUGAGCCGGAGUACGAGGACGGCCGGGGCUUUGGCAUUGGGGAGCUGGUGUGGGGGAAACUUCGGGGCUUCUCCUGGUGGCCAGGCCGCAUUGUGUCUUGGUGGAUGACGGGCCGGAGCCGAGCAGCUGAAGGCACGCGCUGGGUCAUGUGGUUUGGAGACGGCAAGUUCUCAGUGGUGUGUGUCGAGAAGCUGAUGCCGCUAAGCUCCUUCUGCAGUGCUUUCCACCAGGCCACCUACAACAAGCAGCCCAUGUACCGCAAAGCCAUCUACGAAGUCCUGCAGGUGGCCAGCAGCCGCGCGGGGAAGCUGUUCCCGGCCUGCCACGACAGCGACGAGAGCGACACUGCCAAGGCGGUGGAGGUGCAGAACAAACAGAUGAUCGAAUGGGCUCUCGGAGGCUUCCAGCCCUCUGGCCCCAAGGGCCUGGAGCCACCCGAAGAAGAGAAGAACCCCUACAAAGAAGUUUACACAGACAUGUGGGUCGAACCCGAGGCAGCUGCCUAUGCCCCACCCCCACCCGCCAAAAAGCCCCGAAAGAGCACAACGGAGAAGCCGAAGGUCAAGGAGAUAAUUGACGAACGCACAAGAGAGCGGCUGGUGUACGAGGUGCGGCAGAAGUGCCGGAACAUCGAGGACAUUUGCAUCUCUUGUGGGAGCCUCAAUGUCACCCUGGAACACCCUCUCUUCGUCGGAGGAAUGUGCCAAAACUGUAAGAACUGCUUCCUGGAGUGCGCGUACCAGUACGACGACGACGGCUACCAGUCCUACUGCACCAUCUGCUGCGGGGGGCGCGAGGUGCUCAUGUGUGGGAACAACAACUGCUGCAGGUGCUUCUGUGUGGAGUGUGUGGACCUUUUGGUGGGGCCGGGCGCCGCACAGGCCGCCAUCAAGGAGGACCCCUGGAACUGCUACAUGUGCGGGCACAAGGGCACCUACGGGCUGCUGCGGCGGCGGGAUGACUGGCCCUCGCGGCUCCAGAUGUUUUUUGCCAACAACCACGACCAGGAAUUUGACCCUCCGAAGGUGUACCCACCUGUCCCAGCCGAGAAGAGGAAGCCCAUCCGGGUGCUGUCUCUAUUUGACGGAAUUGCUACAGGGCUUCUGGUGCUGAAGGACUUGGGAAUUCAGGUGGACCGCUACAUCGCCUCCGAGGUGUGCGAGGACUCCAUCACAGUGGGCAUGGUGCGUCACCAGGGGAAGAUCAUGUACGUCGGGGACGUCCGCAGCGUCACACAGAAGCAUAUCCAGGAGUGGGGCCCAUUCGAUCUGGUGAUUGGGGGCAGCCCUUGCAAUGACCUCUCCAUCGUCAACCCUGCCCGGAAAGGACUCUACGAGGGCACUGGCCGGCUCUUCUUUGAGUUCUACCGCCUCCUGCAUGACGCGCGGCCCAAGGAGGGAGAUGAUCGCCCCUUCUUCUGGCUCUUUGAGAAUGUGGUGGCCAUGGGCGUUAGUGACAAGAGGGACAUCUCGCGAUUUCUCGAGUCCAACCCUGUGAUGAUUGAUGCCAAAGAAGUGUCCGCUGCACACAGGGCCCGCUACUUCUGGGGGAACCUUCCUGGUAUGAACAGGCCGUUGGCAUCCACUGUGAAUGAUAAGCUGGAGCUGCAGGAGUGUCUGGAGCACGGCAGAAUAGCCAAGUUCAGCAAAGUGAGGACCAUUACUACGAGGUCGAACUCCAUAAAGCAGGGCAAAGACCAGCAUUUCCCCGUCUUCAUGAAUGAGAAAGAAGACAUCUUAUGGUGCACUGAAAUGGAAAGGGUGUUUGGCUUCCCUGUCCACUAUACCGACGUCUCCAACAUGAGCCGCUUGGCGAGGCAGAGACUGCUGGGCCGGUCGUGGAGCGUGCCGGUCAUUCGCCACCUCUUCGCUCCGCUGAAGGAAUAUUUUGCUUGUGUGUAAGGGACAUGAGGGCAAACUGAGGUAGAGAUACAAAGUUAAACAAACAAAACAAAACAAAAAAAAACCACAAAACACAACAAAACACCAACAACAUGAGGAUCGAGAGGAGUAUCAGCACCCAGAAGAGAAAAAGGAAUUUAAAACAAAAACCACAGAGGCGAAAGUACCGGAGGGCUUUGCCUUGCACAAAGGGUUGGACAUCAUCUCCUAAUUUUUCAAUGUUAACCUUCAGUCCUAUUUAAAAAAACAAAACCAAGCUCCCUCCCUCCUGCCCCCACCCCUUUUUUUUGGGUCAAACCUUUUGUUUUCUACUCUUUUCAGAGGGGUUUUCUGUUUGUUUGGGUUUUUGUUUCUUGCUGUGACUGGAACAAGAGGGGUUUUGCAGCAAAAAAAAAAAAAAAAAAAAAAAAUCAGUAACAAGAAAUAGUAACAAUACUGGGAGAGGAAGGAUGGGAGAAAAGGAAAAAAGGAAAUUCUACAGAAAUCUAUAUAUUGGAUUUUUUUUUUAAACUAUAUAUCUUUUUUUUUUUUCGUUGUCUCUAGCCUGAUCAGAUAGGAGCACAAGCAGGGGACAGAAAACAGUGACACUCAGCGGCAGAAUUCCCUCCCAGCCACUGAGCUGUCUUGCCAGCACCAUUCCUGGUCCUGCAGAACAGAGCCCAACUAGCAGCAGGGAGACAGAACACACAAGACCCUUUUACACAGUAUUUCAGGUGCCUACCACAUAGGAAACCUUGAAGAAAAUCAGUUUCUAGAAGCCGCUGUUACCUCUUGUUUACAGUUUAUAUAUAUAUGAUAGAUAGGAGAUAUAUAUAUAAAAGGUACUGUUAACUACUGUGCAACUCGAAUUCAUAAUGGUGCUUUAAAACAGCGAGACGAGUAAAAACAUCAGCUUCCACGUUGCCUUAUGCGCAAAGGGUUUUAACCGAGGCUGGAGAGGGGAGGCAGCUUGAAGGUGAGCGGUUGCCGCGGUGGGCUUUCCCCUGGUACUGAGCAGGGCGGACGGGGAGAAGCUGGGGCCCGCGUUCUCCCGCUCCUCCCUGCCCACAGUGGGGGCGAGAGGAGCCGGCUCGGCCCGUGGAGAGCUGACAGUGGGAGUCAUCCAGGCUCAUGCAAUAACCUUGAGACGCUUUUGUUUUUUGGUUUUUUUUUUUUUUUUUUUUUUUUUCAAAAAGGAGACCCCCUCAGUAAGAUGACAGGAUAAGGGGUCUUCAUUCCCAAUCUCUCACAUUAGCCGAUUUGAGGGCUCCUUGUGGUGGGAUCAGAAAUAAUCCAGUGUGUGGGCAAGUGACCGUUAAAACCCCACCUGGAGCAAAUAAAAAAACAUACAAAACGUACUGGUGCUUUCCUGUCUAAGUCGCCUUUUGUGUGUUCUUUUAUGAGGCCCUCACCGUCCACCCUCUGUGCACAAGGCGGCCUCCGGCCCCUGGAAUGUGAUGUUUUUGGUCAUCUCCAAAGGCUGCAGUUUUCUACUGGGAGGCUGAUGACACCUUUGGUUCUAAUUCUUCUUAUGGUUCUGGUUAUAAUUAUGUUUGUUUUUCAGAUUUUUCUUUAAGAAAACAAAAACCCAACCCCCUCCUUUGCGGUUUCAAACCAAGGUGCGGGGAGCAGGGUGCUUCUAGGUUAGCGGUGGCCCUGGUGCCCUGGCUCCCCACCCCUCGGGCCAGGUGGGCCACCGGGUGCAGCGACAGCUGGGCGGCCAGGGGAGUCCCCCAGGGCCAGCCCUCCGGGUGCGUCCCUCUUCUCUUCUGCUUCCCCUCCUCUGAGUCGUGCGUGUCAGGGCUGGAGGGAGGACCAGGCCGUCUCUCUCCUCGUGUGUAUGAUUGGAGUGGUGUGUAUUUCUUUUCUAGUACUUGGUCUGAUGAUAGCUGUGCUCUUACCCGGAGCCAGCAGCCCCUGGAGCUCCCAAGUGCUCGGACACUUGCUCCCACCUCCUGCUGCGGCAGACUGCCCGGCGUUGGUAGGCUGGGCCAGCACUGGGGGCUCCAGGGUGAGGGCCCAAGGGGCAGAUGCUUGCCUGGAUAGAUGGGGUGUAGAUAUGUGGCAUAUAGAGAUAUAUAUUUUAUAAUGGGAGGGGGGAUGGCACCUCCUGGGACUGGCAGGGCUGGGAGGUGUGCUGUCAAGCACAUGGUCCCAAGUUUGCAUCCCGAGAAAAGAUAGGGCCUACUGUGAUAGGCGCUAUAUAAAUACGUAGAUAGGGUCACGUAUAAGAAAUGUUAUGUAGUGGGGAGCGGGCCGAGGGGGCUCAGUGCUGAGCCUCGGGUCCCACCGCAGACGUAAGCCCCACACUAAUCAAUCAAUCCCACACGCGUACACGGCAACCGAUCUCCGCCGAUGCGGACUGGGCGCACUCACACACACACACAGCCGGGGGCUCCCAGCGCCCUCCUCCCCGGGAUUCAGGACUUGGUGGCGUCGGCCCUGCAGCUUUUUACCUCUGUCGCCCUGAUUGCAGGUAGACUCUCAGUCCCAGAAGGUGCUAGGUGCUGAAGGCAGGAAAAGGAGGAGGUUUCAUUCCUGCAGGUGCCCUCCUCUCGCAGGUAGCGUUCUCUCUCUUUUGCCCCUGGUGAUGUCAGAUUCUUCUGUUAGCAACCUGUGAUACUGACCUGCAACUCUAGGCACCAGUCAAGUCAGCCCUCGACUCCCCCUACCUAUUCUCCCCCAACCAAAAUAAAAUCCACAUCCAGGUCUGUCUCGGCCAGGGGGCUUCCAUUGGGGAAAAAAAAAAAUG